GAUGUCUUGAGGCAGUCUCCCAUCCGGCCUAGUGAAGGACGUGCGAGGUCAAGUGACUGCUAAUGGGAACCCCUGUGACACCAUGAGUGCUCGUGAUGGCGGCCACGGCGGCGGGAUCGGUGGCGUGGGCACGCUGGGCAGGCGAGGACGCUACGAGGACUCGGAGUUCACCCUGCGCAUCUAUCCGGGCUCCCUGGCCGAGGGCACCAUUUACUGCCCCGUCAGCGCCCGCAAAAGCACCACGGCCGCCGAGGCCAUCGAACGCUGCCUGGAGCGCCUGCGUCUGGACCGUGACCGCUGCUACGUGCUAGCCGAGGUCAAGGAAUUUGGCGGGGAAGAAUGGAUCCUGAACCCCAGCGAUUGCCCCGUCCAACGGAUGAUGCUGUGGCCCCGCGGGGCUCUGGAGCAGCGCUCGGGCUCGGGCGGCGGGGAGGACUACCGCUUCCUGCUGCGGCAGAAGAAUCUGGAUGGCUCCAUCCACUACGGCGGCAGCCUGCAGAUGUGGCUGCGUGUGACCGAGGAGCGCCGGCGCAUGACGGAGCGUGGCCUGUUGCCACAGGAGGAGGUCAGGGGUGACCACGCCGACUUGUGCUGCCUGCCGGAGCUCACCGAGCGCUCGCUGCUGGACAACCUACGCUCGCGCUUCCGCCAGGAGAGGAUUUACACCUACGUAGGCAGCAUCCUCAUUGUCAUUAACCCCUUCCAGUUUCUCCCCAUCUACAACCCUAAGUACGUCAAGAUGUACGACAACCACGCUCUGGGAGACCUGGAGCCGCACAUCUACGCCGUGGCGGAUGUGGCUUACCACGCCAUGCUACAGCGGCGGAGGAACCAGUGCAUCGUCAUCUCUGGAGAGAGUGGCUCGGGAAAGACCCAGAGCACCAACUUCCUGAUUCACCACCUGACCGCCCUCAGCCAGAAGGGAUUCGCCAGCGGGGUGGAGCAGAUCAUUCUGGGGGCGGGGCCAGUGUUGGAGGCAUUUGGGAAUGCAAAAACUGCCCACAACAACAACUCGAGUCGCUUUGGCAAGUUCAUCCAAGUGAAUUACCAGGAGAGUGGCACUGUCCGAGGAGCCUAUGUGGAGAAGUACCUUCUGGAGAAAUCAAGACUGGUCUACCAGGAACACAAUGAACGGAACUACCAUGUGUUUUACUACCUGCUGGCAGGAGCAAGUGAGGAGGAGAGGAGCACCUUUCACCUCAAAAAGCCUGAAGAAUAUCAUUACCUCAACCAGAUGACAAAGAAAGUCCUGAGACUGCACUGGGAGAAUUACUAUGAGAGCGAAGCGGACUGCUUCACAGUGGAAGGGGAGGACCUGAAGCAUGACUUUGAGAGACUGCAGCUGGCCAUGGAGAUGGUGGGAUUCCUGCCUGCCACGCGCAAACAGAUAUUUUCUCUGUUGUCGGCCAUU